UGGAAAAUUGCCGCGUUUUUUUUCAUGCCAGAUUUCAUCUGGCGACGUCCACACAAAAGUCAGUGCAGGGGACUAUACAGAGGAAGCAGUAGCAACCCCGUUUCACUUGCUUUUUCCUCUCUUUCCUUUCUUUCUUGAACCUUAAAGAGCAAAACGUUAAAAAAGGGUUCAUCAUGGACGAUCUACUCGAUCUUGAUUGGUCUAGUAACAAGGCUCCACCCCCGAAUAUACCCCAAAAACCGAGUUAUCUUCAAGGCAAAAAGAGACAGACUGAUGCUUUCGGCGACUUGCUCAACUUCGACGAUCAGUCAGCAGUGACUCGUACACCACCAUCACAACAACAACAACAACGACCACCGAUAAUGUCGUCGUCGUCUUCUUCUUCGUCUUUGAACAAGAACAUUAGCUCGCUCGAUAUGAUGCUCGAUCCGUUUAGCAAAUCCAAAAAGGAAUCAUCGCCUCAAUCACUGAAUGCACUAAAGCAAACGAAGAAUGCAGAGUACACGUCAUCAGCAUCAUCCAAGUGGAAUUUCGACCUUUUGGAUAGCUCACGUAAUACAACGCCAAGCGCGGACCCGUUCGAUGUUGAAUCCUUGGCUUCACGUACAACACCUGUUAUUCAACAGCAGCAACAACAACAAUCCCUCAAUACCGAUGAUGACAAUCCAUUGGGCAUUCUGUCAAUGCCUGCCGUCAAACCUAAACCAGAACCUUCACCGUCACCAUCGCCUCCUCCUACCUCUUCUUCUACUCCAAUUGUCGGGUAUCGUGAUGACUUUGACGAUGACGACAACAACGGCGCAGCAUCAUCACCAUCAUUAUCGUCAAGAGAAAAACGACGAGGAUCGAUGGAUAUGUUAAUUGCACAAAUGGUGGAUAUGGGAUUCGAAGCGGAACAAGCGCAAGUUGCUUUGGAAGCUACUGGUGGCCGAGAUUUGCAGGAUGCCGUAGAUUUGCUGGUCAAUAAUGCACGUGUCAUGCAACAACAACAACAACAACAACAAAGACCAUCACCGCGACAGCGACAGCGAGGACCCAUAACCGAUACAGCACGAGCACGGAAUGCAUUAUUCCAAGAUGAUUAUGCGGACGAAGAACACGAGCCUCCGAUGACCGAGAAACAGAGAUUGCAACAACAGAUAGAAUUAGAAGAACAAUAUCACCAGCAGCAGCAGCAGCGACAGCAACAGCAAGGAUCCCAACCGGGAGAAUCAUCUUCAUCGUCAGGAAAUGUCGCAUUCCAACAGCAAAAGGAAAAGCUUGUAGCACAAGCGUCCGAGUUGGGUGGCUUCCUAUACAAGAACGCAAGCAUGUUUGUGAAAACCGGACGUGAGCGUGUCACAAAAGCCGUUGGGGAUUGGCAAGAGCAACAACGAUUGGAGCGGCUCAACCGUGAGCAUGGACGGCCGCGAUGGAUGGCAGAGGAUGUGAUGGAUGACGAAGUUGACCAAGUAGCAGCAGCAGCAUCCCGACACAAUGCAGGAGCAGGAACGACAGGAGCGUCAACAAAGCAGCAGGAGCCAUAUAUGGAAAAGUUUGUUGACGAUGACGAUAGUUCCGACGAAGAUCCUGCAUUAGAAAAACAGCGAGAAAUGGAAUGGAAGCGACAGCAAGAAGAAAAGCGGAGACAGUAUGUGGCACAAAUGCGGAAACGACAACAAGAAGAGGAACGAGUUCGGCAACAACGUGAGGCUGAGGAAACCUAUGUGUCGCCAUCCAGACGACGCGCCACGCCAAACACGAGUCAAGCUUCGAGUCGAGCUUCGCCACGCGCCACACCCUCACCAUCAUCAGCAGCAAAACCAGCGGCAGUACCUGUUCCUCACCCACAUAGACCACAACGACAACGACCCAUUGUCAGUGCUUCCCCAGACGUAAUGGCACGUGUCAACCAAGCGCGACAGCGAGGUAAUGAACAUUUCAAACUGGGUCAAUUUGGUGAUGCCGAAUCUGCGUACAGCCAAGCGCUUGGCGCACUACCAUCGGGCCACGAUCACCUUGUCCUGCUGAGCAACAAUCGUGCUGCGGCGCGGCUCAAGAUUGGCGAGUACAAGCGCUGUAUUGAAGACUGUGAGCUUGCCAUCGAGAUGGCACUUGUCAGUGGUGAAAGCAUCGAGUCAGAGGGCGUCACGAUCCGAUGGCGCGAGCAGCUGGUCAAGGCUUUGCAUCGUAAAGGCGAUGCUCUGGAAAACAUUGAAAAGUUUAACGACGCGAUCAAGACGUAUGAAGAGUUGGUCAAAUUGGAAGGUUCGGGCAAUGUCAAGAUUAAUCAAGCCUUAUCCCGGUGUCGCAAAGCUUUGAAUCCCACAGUAUCGCAACCGCAACAGUCAUCGUCAACAACAACAUCUACAAUGGAUGAUCUGUUUGGUAUUGGAAGUACAGCAGCACCAGCAGCGACGACGACUCGAUCAUCACCAUCGAAACCAUCACCAAGACCAUCUAAACCGGCUAAUGUGGAAGAAAGCAAAGCGGUAGCUGCCAUGCGGGCGCAGGCAGCACAACAAGAAGCAGAGGAUGCAGAGCGACUGGCACGGACAGACGAUGUGAAUACACGGAUACAGAACUGGAAGUCAGGCAAAGAGAACAACUUGCGUGCUCUGUUGGCAACGUUGGAUACCCUGCUGUGGCCAGGUGCACAAUGGCGUGGUGCUCAAAUGAGCGAACUUAUUGAUCCAAAACGAUGCAAAAUGACAUAUAUUAAAGCCAUUGCCAAGGUGCAUCCUGAUAAGCUACCAGCAUCUGUUACUGUUGAACAACGCAUGUUGGCUAGUGCCAUCUUUAGCACAUUAAACGAAGCUUGGGAUUCGUUUAAAACACAACUCUAGAAUCUAAAACGAAUAUAUAAAAUUUAUAUUUGGAAACGUACAUUAUAAUACAAUAGAAAUGG